CACGCUCACCUGCAGUGUCAAAGUUUAGAGGCCGGGCAAAGGUCGUGUUUUGAGUUUAUCCCACAUCACAAGCAAUGGCUUCCAUAAGUUGGUUAACAUGCAAGCGGUUUUCUCGGCUCGUGCGGCGGCCGCUGCUGCUGCAGUAUGUUUGGGCUCCAGCGCGAGCACUUCACCGGGAGAGCGCGCGACGCGUGGCGGAGAAAACCCCGCUGAACAGAUCACGAUCAUCACCGGAGCAACAGUACUUCACUGAGCUAGACAGAGCUGAUGCACUGAUGCUGCGGAAAUCUCAUGAAACAGGAUUUUUGUCUUGGUUCCGGAAUGGUCUCCUGGCAACAGGAAUCGGCGUUAUUGCAUUUGCGCAGAGUGAAGUGGGCCGAGAGGCCGGACAUGUGUUCUUCAUCCUGGGUGGAGUGUGCAUAUCGUUCGGCGGAGCGUCAUAUGUGACCAGUCUUCUGACCCUGAGGAGGAUCAUGCUUCUCUCUCGGCUGACUGUGCUGCUCCAUGCGGGCCUGGUGUCCGUCGCAGCCCUCUUCUGGCUGUGUGCGGUAUCGCUCUACAUCGGCCGCCUGGAGUUGGAGAUUAUUCACGAGGAGGAUGAGGAAGAGCACGGGGGAGAUGAAGGCGGGGAAUGCACAGAAUGCAGUGCGAGACGAGAGAGACGCGGCGCUGAAGAAAAAGGCCAAGACAAGUGAGAUGAGAGGAGACUCCGAAUUCAGAUGGCCUUUAACACUGACCCACAGCCAGAUUUUUGUAUUCACAAGCUGUUUAAACUGCUUUAAGAGAGAAGGUGAAUCUGGUUUAUGGAGUUGGAGCUUCUAUCAGCAUAAUUGUGCAGUACUCUAGUGCUUGAUUUAUCAGGUCGAGUAAGUGUUUGUGUUUCUAAUAUUCCUGAACAACAGCUGUCCCACUGCAUACAAGGGGGCAAUGCCAUAUAUACAUAUUUUUCCUUUGCAAUAUUUUUGUUGGAUGUGGGGCGUGUGUGCUGGAACAUGAAAAUUUAUCAGGCAAGUAGUUAAGCAUCUUGGUUAUUCAACUGUUAUAAAUGGACAUGUUCACUACUUUAUAUAGUGAUGUGAUUCAGAAAUUUUUUUUUUUCUUUUUGGUAACUCACUUUACACUAAGGUUUAAUUUUCUAACAUUAGUGCAUUAAUAUUAUAAACUAAUAACAAAAACCUUUUUUUUUUUUUUUAAUACAACAUUUUGGAAUACAACAUACAUUAAUAUCAUGGUUAAUAAUAUUAAAUAUAAUAUUUAUGCUAAAUAUUAUAUUUAUAAUGUAUAACAGUUAUGAGUUUUAUCAUUUAGAUUUGUACAUUUAUAAUUUAAAUAUAAAUAUAUAAUUUAUAAACAUGUAUUUGUAUGUGUAGAAAUGAACAUUAAUCAAGAUGUGCUGUGAAAGUAAGUAACAAAUUAAACCUUAUUGUAAAUUGUGCUUUUAUAAUUCAUGGUUUCUACAUAGUGUAGAAUUUUUCCAUAUAUUUAGGCCUCGUUUAGGUUGAGAUUUAUUUUUAAAUGAUUACCUCACGUCUCUCACAAUUCAUUUCGGAUUUCCUGCUCUAGCGGUUGCAGUCUUAUUUAAUAAAAUCAUUCCUUGCAGAUUUGAUAAGAACUUAUAGACGUCGUCUUCUGCCUCACGGCUUUCUCUCAACAGAGAUGUCUGUAUAUCUUUUCUUUUGUUAUGCGUGAAUCCAAAGUAUAGAUAUUGUUGGUAUCUUUUUUUUUUACAGCAUGCAGUCGUGCCAUUUGCUGUCUUAGGUGUGUAGAUAUUCUGCUGAUGUGAGAUGUAGUGUCAGGCAUGUGUGUCUAUGUUUACUAAUCAUUGAAUCAGCACAUGCUGCACACUUACAAUCAGUCAACUCUAGAUCUAGAUCAACUCUAGUUUAAAUGCUAUUUUUCCCUGUUCAAUGCAAAAAAAAAUAAAAUAAAAAAAGAA